AUGGAUCGCGAUCGAGACGGACGAGGACGCAGAUACAACGAUGGUGAAAUAAUCAGAUACGGCGCCGGCGAGUCCUGGAGACCGACCCCCCGGGGCGGAAGUCGAUCCCCGAGAAGGGCAAGGAGUCCUGUGCGAGAACGACCUCGGAGCCCCAGGGCCAGGAGUCCUCACCCUCGCAGCCCUGCGAUACCUGGUUCCGACAGUUAUGUCCCUGGGAGGCAUCAGCCACGCCGUCGCUCCAGGAGUGCUGGCGAUCGUUACAGACAUGAACGCUCGCGAGAGCGUGACAGUCCUCGCAGACGGGAGCGCUCUCGCUCUCCCAUGAGACGACCCUCCCCCCGACGCAGUUCGUCGAGACGAGCAUCGCCGAUCCGCGACCGACCAUUGGAGCGUGAGCGACCCCGAUCCCCUCGCAGAGAGUGGAUCAACGACAGGGACCACACACCUCGCGACCGUGACCGCGAUUGGGAUCGUGACCGAAAUCGUGACCGAGAUCGUGACCGAGAUCGUGACCGAGAUCGUGACCGAGAUCGUGACCGAGAUCGCGACCGAGAUCGCGACCGAGAUCGUGACCGCCACCGCGACCGAGAUUUUGAGAGACGGGAUGAGAGAAGACGCUCUCGCUCUCCCUUCAGUCGCGACCGCCGUGAGAGGAGCCCACCUGGCAAGUCCCAUCCUCACGCCUCCACAGGCGCAGCUCAGAGGCCGAGAUCUCGAUCUCCCAGUCGACGUGGAGACGGCUAUCAAUCUUACCGACGAGCAUCCCCUAUCCGAGAUUCUGGCCACUCUUCGACCAUUAAUUCCUGUCCCGUGUCCGAAAGAGCCUCCCCUCGACCCCAAUCAACCAGAGCUCGGUCUCCUGCAGUGUCCUUGGAAGGAACUCCUCAACCAGUGGCAACUUCUGGAUCCGCAUCCGUCAGAGACACGCCUCGAUCUGGGCUGCGCGAUUCCAAUACGCCUUCUGUAAAAUCGCCUCCUCGGGGUCCUGCAACCCACAAACCCUCGCUGUCAGGUCCUGGCUCCAACCGCUGUUCGGCUUCCUCUCCUACCGCUUCGGUCUCGAGGCAAUCUCAGACGGCUGGUGGCAUGCAACACCGGCCUGAUACAACUGGCACUGCCAACCCACCUUCAGGACCCCGCGGGUAUGUCCCCCCAACGAGGGGAGCCUACGGUUCGCGCGCUGGGCGAGGUGGAUGGAGUCAGCCACCAUCCAGGCAAAGUUCGGGACUCUCCCAACCCUCUACACCUGUUGGUUCUUCGUCCAUUCCCACAGGACCUCGCGGGGCUGGAGGGAACGCUUCAUACCCUUCCAUACCUGGUCAAGUACGUGCUAGCAAUCCGCCACCUGGUCCCUCCGCUCAUCAUGGUGGACAACGACAAAGCCUCGCCCAGAGCCUCCUUUCGACGAUGCCGAUGAUCGUUCCGGGUGGAAAGCUCGAGCCUUCGAUGACACCCCUCACGACUGGUGUCACAAGAGAACUGGAAGGUCACUACCGGAAGCUUCGCGACGAAGAAGAGAAGCUACGGGAUGAGCUUCGACUGAAGCAGGAGAAGCUGCGAAAAAGCCUAUACGUCUGGAACAAGCUUGAGCGAGAAUCUCGUGCCUGGGAGCUGCGGAGCGACUUGAGUGAGAAGAGCAUGAAGAAUCUGGCUGGAGAAGGCACAGGUGGUGCGGCAUUCUAG